AUGGAGACUGAGCUCCACGAUGUUAAACCAGUGCCUCCCAAGGGCCACGUCAUCUCCCCCGAUUCUCCCUCAUCGGCGUCCCCCGUCGACGACGCCUCACAGAAGGACGACCGGCCGCUCCUCAAAUCCGACUCCUGCUCGUCCUCCUCCACCGCCAACGGCCGAAUCUCCGCCGAGAGCCUCGAAGAGCUGAACAAGAAGUUCGCCGCGUUCGCCCGCCACGACGUCUACGGUCCGCUCGGCCGCGGGGAGCUGCCGCUCGUGGUGAAGCUCCUGCUCGGCGUCGCCUGCGUCACGCUCCUCCCGUUGCGCGUCGUGCUGGCCACCCUCAUCUUGUUCUUCUACUACUUGGUGUGUAGGAUUUGCACGCUCUUCUCCGCGCCCAAUCGGGACGAGGCGGCAGAGGAGCAGGAGGACUUUGCUCACAUGAGAGGGUGGCGGAGGACCGUCGUCGUCUCCUGUGGCAGGUUCCUCUCCAGGAUCAUGCUGUUUGUGUUUGGGUUUUAUUGGAUAAGCGAGAGUUUUAGGGAUUUAGAGCAAGAGCAAGCUCCGCCUCAAGGCAAGUCAUCCUCUCAGAACGAUGGCAAAAUCCAAUCACAACGACCUGAAAGACCAGGGGCGAUAGUAUGCAACCAUGUCUCGUAUGUUGAUAUUCUGUAUCACAUGUCGUCGUCUUUUUCCAGCUUUGUUGCCAAGAGAUCAGUGGGUAAACUUCCUUUGGUCGGUCUCAUCAGCAAGUGCCUUGGAUGCGUCUUUGUCCAACGGGAGUCGAAGUCAUCCGACUUUAAAGGUGUUGCGGGUAUUGUGAUUGAGAGAGUUAAAGAAUCGCAUGAGGAUGAAUCUGCUCCCAUGAUGAUGCUAUUUCCUGAAGGAACCACUACUAAUGGGGACUUCCUCCUUCCUUUUAAGACGGGUGGAUUCUUAGCUGGGGCACCUGUUAUUCCAGUGAUUCUGCGGUAUCCAUACCAUAGGUUUAGUGCUGCCUGGGAUUCGAUAUCGGGGUUCCGUCAUGUAAUUCUUCUGUUGUGCCAAUUUGUAAAUCACUUGGAAGUGAUAAGGCUACCUGUUUACUACCCUUCCCAAGAAGAGAAGACUGACCCUAAACUAUAUGCUAAUAAUAUCCGGCGGUUGAUGGCGCGCGAGGGUGAUCUAGUAAUGUCAGAUAUUGGACUAGCCGAGAAGAGAAUAUACAUCGCCGCACUCAAUGGUAAUAAUAGCCUGCCUAGUGUUUUGCAUCACAAAGACGAUUGA